AUGUUAAUGUAAGUGGUUUUAUUUUCACACGUUAAGUUUGUCUCUUAAAAUGCAAUCUCAAAGAUAUUAUGUAUAGUUGUGGGUAGAACACACCCUCUGCUUUUUGUAAGACCACUUAUUCAGGGUAAAUUUGCCUUUAUGGUAUCUCUAAAUAGUUCGCUGUACCCUGGUCCGUUUGAUAUCACAUUGAAAAUUCCAAUAAAUUUUUGUUAGAUCAUAAAAAUGUAAAUUUUCUGACUAUCAGCCAGUCGAGCAAGCGGUUUUCAUCGUACCUUUAUUAAAAAAAUGGCAUACAUAUAUAGCCGCUUUCCAGCAUGUCUAUGUAUUCGAUAUCUCAUCAUGAGAUUGUUCAUUCUCUUCCUGCUGUUCGUUGCUGCUUCUCAAGCUUCCGUAAUCCCAGAGUGCAUGAACGACGAGGACUGCGCUCACAUGCAAUGCAAGGUUGGAGAGAGACCCGCAUGUGUUGCCAGAAUUCCUAUGGGCCACUGUAGAUGCGUGCCGGCCGGCAAAUAACGAUUGCCUGAUUUUGUUCUUGAAUACACAAUAAACGCCAUGGUAACUCAUGAAGUCGUUGUAAGCAGAGAGUGCCACGGCUCCGGAGCCGGCCCUUGGCUCCGGCUCUGAGCGGUUCUGGCUCCGAGCCGGGAGCCAGAGCCGGAGCCGGAAAUUUUGGGGUCGGCUCCGGCUCCCGAGCCCGAAGUCGGGGCCAGGCUUCCCAGCGGUCAGAAAAGUAAAAAUUUUGUGAUCUUGUUAAACCAAAUUGCAUGAAAAACACUGCGGAGGAUGUGGCUUGACUGCAAAGACGUUGCUUUUCUAUUCCGCGCAGUGAUUGGCGCGGCGACAUCUUGCUCAUUAUUUUCCCGACAGAAUAGGGAAAAAUACCGGUAAAUACCAGUGAUUUAUUUACUUGUAUUACUUUUGGGUUUUAUUUCUUGUGCCGGAUAAUUAAAUAGUAAUAUUUGAAUCCUUUUCGGGAGUGUUUGUUUGGGCAUAAUCAGGUCUUUGGCCGAGCUUUUUACCUCUAGAACGUAGACGGAGUUCUAGUACAGACCGAUAUAACAAAUUUUGCCGAAAGGCCCAGUAAAAUUACAGGAUUUCCUCAAAAGUUGGGUCCUUUGAUUGGGUGGAUCAUUCAAAUCUAAUCCAAAAGCUAAGGACGCGACAAGUCGUUACGGCCUGCCAGAAGCCGAGUACAUAUUCGGAAAUUCACAGGAAACCUACUUCAAGAAACAAAGACGGUUUUCGUAGAGCCGGUUUUGUUUCUGCAAAGCGCAAUAUUCCGAUGCCGCAUAUUAAGUCGCGACAUAAAGUCCGUAGAUUUUUUUCGCCGACGUCGCGGGUACAAUCGCCGAAAAGUGCAUGUCGCUAGUGCAAGUCGCAGCAAGUUGCCGCGCAUCAAAAUCCAGCCGCCGCUAGCCAUCGCAGAGCGAUGAUGUGCGAUUCCCUGACCCGGCGUUAUUUUCCCGACCGACUGAUAUAUUGCAGAAACAUCCUAUAUCCCAACAACAUCCCAUUCGGCUUGGGAAAUUAGGUUCUAAACAAAUUACAGUACAGAAAUUGGGCAUCAAUUCUAAAAAUCCGUUUAUUCAACACUCGAAAGAUUGUCCAUUAUGCAUCAUUAUGUCAGCUAGGAGAUGCCUGGAACACAUUGGCAAGAUUUGUGUUGGAGACAAGGUCUUGAUACAGGGCUUUUAUACUCCAUUUUUUAAUAAGAAUAUUGACAACCGCGUAAAUUUGCUUGAUGGUAUCUCUAAAUAGUGCGCUGUAAACUGGUCCGUUUGAUAUCACAUUGAACAUUCCAAUAAAUUUUUGUUAGAUCAUAAAAAUGUAAAUUCUCUCACUAACAGCCCGUCAAACAUGCGGUUUUUAUCGUACCUUUAUUAAAAAAUCGCAUAUAUAUAGCCGCUUUCCAGCAUGUCUACGCAUUCGUUAUAUUUCAUCAUGAGAUUGUUCAUUAUCUUCCUCCUGUUCGUUGCUGUUUCUCAAGCGUACGAAGCAGAGUGCAAAACGGACGAGGACUGCGCUAAAAUAGAAUGCGGGGUUGGAUGGAGACCCGUAUGUAUUCCCAGAUUUCCCAAUGGCUUCUGUAGAUGCGUGCCGGUCGGCAGAGGAUGA